AUGGCGAGCUCUGGGUUCUCGUGGACGCUGCCGGACCACCCUAAGCUCCCCAAGGGGAAGCCGGUGGCUGUCGUCGUGCUGGACGGAUGGGGCGAGGCCAACCCCGACCAGUACAACUGCAUCCAUGUCGCUCAGACUCCUGUCAUGGACUCGCUAAAGAAUGGUGCUCCUGAGAAAUGGACACUAGUGAAGGCACAUGGAACAGCUGUGGGUCUCCCAUCUGAUGAUGACAUGGGCAACAGCGAAGUUGGUCACAAUGCACUUGGUGCUGGUCGGAUUUUUGCCCAAGGUGCUAAGCUUGUUGAUAGCGCUCUUGCCUCUGGAAAGAUUUAUAAUGGAGAUGGAUUCAACUACAUCAAAGAAUCUUUUGAAAGUGGUACUCUUCACCUUAUUGGGUUGUUGAGUGAUGGUGGUGUCCACUCUCGUCUUGACCAACUGCAGUUACUUCUGAAAGGUGCCAGUGAGAGGGGAGCAAAAAAAAUCCGUGUGCACAUCCUUACCGAUGGGCGUGAUGUUUUGGAUGGCAGCAGUGUUGGUUUCGUGGAGACCCUAGAGAAUGAUCUUUCGGAGCUUCGAGGGAAGGGUAUUGAUGCACAAAUUGCAUCUGGUGGUGGAAGGAUGUAUGUUACCAUGGACCGUUAUGAGAAUGACUGGGAUGUGGUUAAACGUGGCUGGGAUGCCCAGGUGCUUGGAGAAGCACCCUACAAAUUCAAAAGUGCACUUGAGGCUGUGAAAACACUGAGAGCACUGCCCAAUGCUAAUGAUCAGUACUUGCCCCCAUUUGUGAUUGUUGAUGACAGUGGCAAUGCUGUUGGGCCUGUAUUAGAUGGUGAUGCAGUUGUCACUAUCAACUUCCGGGCCGAUCGCAUGGUUAUGCUUGCGAAAGCACUAGAGUAUGCAGAUUUUGACAAAUUCGACCGUGUUCGUGUCCCCAAAAUUCGAUAUGCUGGGAUGCUUCAGUAUGAUGGCGAGUUGAAGCUUCCAAGCCGUUACCUUGUUUCCCCACCAGAGAUAGAGAGAACAUCUGGGGAGUACUUGGUGAAGAAUGGCAUCCGCACUUUUGCUUGCAGUGAGACGGUGAAAUUCGGCCAUGUCACAUUUUUCUGGAACGGGAACCGUUCAGGAUACUUUGAUGAAACUAAGGAAGAGUAUGUAGAAGUUCCUAGUGACAGUGGUAUUACAUUCAAUGUUGCACCCAAGAUGAAGGCGCUUGAAAUUGCUGAGAAAGCCAGGGACGCUCUCCUAAGUGGAAAGUUUGACCAGGUACGUGUCAACCUGCCAAAUGGUGACAUGGUUGGUCACACUGGUGAUAUUGAGGCCACCGUUGUUGCUUGCAAGGCAGCUGAUGAAGCUGUUAAGAUUAUUUUGGAUGCUGUCGAGCAAGUUGGUGGUAUUUACCUUGUUACUGCCGAUCAUGGCAAUGCAGAGGAUAUGGUGAAAAGGAACAAAGCUGGCAAGCCGUUGCUCGACAAGAAUGGCGGUAUCCAGAUUCUAACCUCGCAUACCCUUCAGCCGGUCCCGGUUGCCAUUGGAGGCCCUGGUCUUCACCCCGGAGUGAAAUUCCGGAGCGACAUUGAAACUCCUGGGCUCGCCAACGUAGCCGCAACUGUGAUGAACCUCCAUGGAGUUCAGGCCCCUGCUGACUACGAGCAAACCCUGAUUGAAGUGGCUGACAACUAA